AUGGCCCAGCCCGAUCCUUCCCGAUGGUCUGAUCACCUUCCCCUGGUGCUGUUGUCCCUCCGUACCACUCUCAAGGCCGACAUCGGUUGCACUGCAGCUGAUCUUGUCUACGGAACUUCCCUACGACUGCCCGGUGAGUUAGUGUCUCCCUCAAACAUGCUAACGUUGUUCGAACCUUGCAGUUAUGUGGAGCAGCUGCGUAGUGUCAUGCGCAAACUCCGCGCAACGCCCCUCGGACGUCACCGGCCAAUUCCUUCAUCCCUUCCGACCUGGAUAAGUGCGAUUUCGUCUUGGUUCGGCAUGACGCUGUCCGACGACCAAUCCAACCACCCUACGAGGGGCCGUAUAAAGUCCUUCGUCGAUCUGACAAAGACGUUGUCAUCGACCGCAACGGCAAGACCGACACAGUCAGCAUUGAUCGCGUCAAGCCGGCCUACAUCGACGACAGUGACCUUCCCUCACCCCAACACUGUACCCCGCCGCAAACAGUGGUGUCUCCAUCUUCUGGCGACAGUCCCCCUCCGGUUCGCCGCACACGAUCUGGCCGUCACGUCCACUGGCCCGGCAGGUUUGUGGCUGGCUAGCAUGUCGAUGCCUUCACUUCGUUUGGUGUCUGGGGGGGGGGUGUAGCAGCCGCUCCAGCCCCCCUUUUCUCCGGCUCCGUUUUGUCGGUCGAUGACCGCGAUAAGCGCUGACAGGCCGCUGACGCACGACCACCCCCGCCGGCUAGAACUGGGACACCUACGGUCCAGCUGCAGUGAACCCCGGCUGCACUCAAAAACUAGUAUCGCCUAACGCGCGUCGAAAGCUUUGGCUUGAUUCCCGUGAGGCCUUGUGAGUAUGCACCCUCCAUUCGUCCCCUAAUUAGUCCAAUCACACGACCACCACGCAGACAGUCAACCCCUCAUGCUAACUUAGACACACACUCGCGUUAACAAUACACACCGUGACUGACGCUCUCCGUGAUUGGACUCUUCUCUGUUGCAAGCAAAUCGCCAACUUACGGCAACCUGCCCUGUGUACAGAAUAAACUAGUCCUCACAGCUCGCUGACUUCUGCCAGUAGACGAAACGGACUUAUUGUGCGUGGUUUAAGUCGAUCGCACAUCCUUGACCUCCACAAAACCUAUAUCAAGUGGUACAAAUUCGAAGCAUGGUCUCAGAACCAUCCUCUCUUACCAGUGGAGUACUUCAUGGUACUAUCCUAGGCCCCCUUCUAUUUCUCAUAUAUUCACGACUUAUCGUCCAUAUCAGUAUCAGCAAAGACGUUUUUAUAUACGGACGACCUUAAACUCGCAUAUGCAUAUAACGGGAACACAGUUGCCAAUAAUUACCGUACAAAUGAAAUUGACCUCAGAAAACUCAACGAAUGGAGUAGUCAAUAGCAGAUGCGCUUUUCACCCGAAAAAUGCCAUCUCCUGAUCUUUGGCCCACAAAAACUUACACCAAUAAUUUUCUAGGAUAAUGAAAUAACGGAGGUCCCAACGGUAAAAGAUUUAGGUCUCAGCUAUACUAAUACCCUUGAUCUAUCUCCCCACGUCCAACAAAUAUCACCGAAAGCCACUCGCCUGUGUGGAUUCAUAUGUAAAAAUUUCACCUUAAAUGUACUAAGAAAACAACUUUCCAAAAUGCGCGCUUUGCCUCUCGUAGAUUACUGCCCAAUUUUCUUCGGUAUACUGCCCUCAGACGGCCGAAAUAAACUAGAAGGCAUUCAGUAUGAUUCAAUAUAUAUGAGGAAUAAAGGCAGAGCCUUGGAAAACCCUAUUUACAGAUAGACGUAUAAAAAACAUGCAGAUAUUUACAUAGCAAUUACGGCAAUCAUUUAUUUCAUGUAAAUGUCUGACCAUCAAGCACACAUUUAUCUAGUGUUCUUUUGAAGGUCUCAGCGUUUUUCGCUAAGACAACGGAAUUCGGCAAUUUGUUCCAUCCCUCAACCAGCCGGUGGGAGGAGAAUUUGGCCCGCAAUUCCAGUUUGGCAUAUUUUAGCUUCCAUUUGUGUUGGUGGCCUCGAGGAUUGGUCGUCCUCGUCAUUUCGAAGAAAUCGUCAAAUUGAAUAGCACAGUCUAGCCCGCGGACGAUCCUGAGGGCCAUGAUCAUGUCCAGGCGCGUCCUUCGAAUUUGAGUUGUAUCCCCAGCUCUCCGAGUUUUCGUCGAAUUUACUUGAUAGUACAGGGCAGACUGAACGUCGCGUGGAAAUAAAUUGCGAACUGACGACGUAUCCUUUGGAUUUGGAUUACAAGUACACCAACUCGAAAGUUCUAUCAUUAUUGGAAUUUUCGGAUCCCGACGUUAUUUCCCACGGUAUCAGGAGGAAGAUUCUACCCGAAUUCUUCAAGGAACAGCACCACUGAUUAGUCUUCUCAUUCGCACCGGUGAAGUAUACCACAAAUUCACCAUCAAAAGAUAUUUGCAAUCGUCCGACCAUCUGUACAAGUCUCCCUACUUGACAAAUUUUCUCCGUGAUCUACGUCGAAAACUAUAAACGGCUGAGUCGUUUCCUAUUUUACUUCAUAAUUGGCAAAUUCUUCAUUCUAACAAUUGUUGAAAACAUCCUGCACUACUCUAGAACUGUUUGAAGAGUUUGAAAAUAAUCAGCAAUGAGUCAAUUUGUUAUAAAAAAAUUCGUUCACAAAAGUUGUGCAACCGGGAUUUGAACUCGGUACCUGCGGUCUCGGAGGCCACAGUGUUAGCCACUGCGCUAUCGAUGAACGGUUUGGCGCUAGUCAGAUAUGUUUAUCAACUACAGAAGAGCAGCUGAAAACGGUCUUUAAUUCAUUAGCAGUCUCUUGCGAUAAAAUGCCGCUGGAAUCAUUAGACUCCAGAGAGAUUACGCACAAUAGGCUCGAAGAGAUAAGACAGGAAAUAAGAACCGAUGCACUGCCAAGAGGCCUCGAAAACUGUAUGACAGACGGGACGGAUUCUGCGCUUGUCGGUCGCUGCGUCGGCUGUAAGGAACUUGAGAAGCGGGUCCAGACGCUAGAAGAGAAGCAAGGCCUACUGACGGACAUCAUCAUGGCUAUUCUUAAGCACAGUAAGAUAGAAUUACCAAAUAAUCCGCCAAAUUUCCGAUCGAUCGGCGACGAACAUCCUACUAAUAAAGGCGCUAGCGCGGAAAAGUCAAAGCCGGUCAGGAAGAGGAAGCGAGUUAUGUCUCCAGAGUAAACUCUAGACAAAUCAGUUCCGGUGGAUAACGUGGCAGUCGACACUAAUGCAUUAAAAAUAAGUCAGGUUCCAUUACCUGCUAUAGUAACAAAACCUGCCAAAUCAUCGAACAAUAAAGUUGGGAAAGCCAGGAUGACCCUCAGAAGAUCUGUUAGGAACUACAAGGACUCGCCGUUAUUCUUGGAAGGCAAUGCUGUUACUCCACUUCUUCACAAGGCUAACUCAUCUGGAAAGUGCCCUAACCAUUCCGUUUAUGGAAAAGGAAACGAUAAGCCUUCGUGCAGUACAUUGUAACAGGGUAAUGAUUGUAAGACCUCCACUGCCGAAGCAAGUACGUCACAUGAAAAUCCAUGCCCUAAACUCCCUUCGCCGGCCGAAAAUCAUUCAAAUGUUGAAGUGACGACAGCCGUCGGGAAUACUACAGUAGCAUUAUAUCGUCCUAGCGCGGACGGGACAGUAAUGAGCUCUUCCAUAAAUCGUAAGCAAAAUAUUGUCAUAAGGGGCGCCCCAGAGUCCACGUCCUGCAUUCCGAAGGAACGAGUGACGAACGACCUAGACCUUCUUCAUCAGUACGCCAGUGCCGUCCUGCAGGAUGGGGAAAUAUUCACCGUUAAAAAAGCUUUCCGACUAGGCAGAGCGGACCCAAAUCGUGACCUAGAAAAAUCCCCAAGACCCCUGAAGGUUAUUUUGGAAAACGAAGCCCAAGCAGCGCUUUUGUUAGAAAGUAGAACGACCAUACGCAAUUCGCACAAGGAAGUGUUUUUUCAACCAGAUUACGAACCGAGGGAAAGACUGAAAAUGAGAGAACUGAGAUCAGAAUUGAAGGAGAGGAUUGGCAAAGGAGAGAAAGGGCUGAAGAUCAAAAAUGGACAAAUAGUCCAGACAAAGGGGUCUUUCCUGUGGUCAGAACCCGUCACAAUGAAGGCCGGGCCUCUCCAACAAAUCAGUCAUUGAAGGUUAUAUCGGCAAAUGUGCAAAGCCUCUUCAACAAACUAGAUGGACUAAGAGACUUAGUUGAUGUAAUUAAGCCAGACAUUAUGGCAUUCACAGAAACGUGGCUUACUGAAGAUAUCGCAGAUUCAGAAAUAUCACUUAGAGGAUAUCAGCUAUUCAGGAGAGAUAGACUAAGUCGAGGAGGAGGAGUCAUAAUUUAUGUCACUCGCAAGCUAAGCGCUAUGGCUGAUGUACACAGACCGGUACGGGAUGUGGAACUGCUAAGCGUUACCAUAUCUACUAAGAAUGUCCGAUCAUUGACGCUUUCGGUGGUGUACCGUUCACCUAACCAUACUUCUGACCAAGAUCUCAUGCUCAUAUCCGAACUGUACCAAGCUAGCGAGAAGAAAGACGCCCUUAUCGUUGGGGAUUUUAACGCUCCUGGCAUUGAUUGGCUAACGUGGACUGCACAAGGGCCGCAAGACAGAUUUAAUCACAAACUACUACAAUGGGCAACGGACAAACUUCUCUGCCAGAAUGUUACCUUUGGAACACGGGUCAGGGAAGGGCAGCAGUCGAACUGCCAUGAUCUUAUUUUUACCCGAGAGGAGGAAAACGUGUUAGACCUGCAGGACCGACAGCCAUUAGGGUCAAGCGACCACAUCACGCUCUAUUUCGAGUACUCACUGUUUUACAAACCCGCCCAACCCGAGAGGUGGGAGAGGAACAUUUGGAAAGGUGACUAUUCUCUCAUGAGGAGGGAAGCGGCAGCUUUAUCAUGGGAGACUGAACUGCAUGGUCGAGCAAACGACAACUGGAAUACUUUCUGUUCCUUACUGAAAGAGAUUGUUUAUUCCAAUUGUCCUCUUAGAAGGAAGACAAUCACAAACCGCCCAAAAUGGAUAAACCCGGACUUGAAGGCCUCUUUCAGAAAAAGGAAUCGUCUGUGGAGGAGUUACAGACAAACUGGCUCCGACGAACACUUACAGGAAUAUAAGCGGCAACGAACGUCUGUAAAAGUGAGGCCUCUAAGCUGCGAAAGAAGUUUGAACUGAACAUACUCCGAAACUCGUUGGUGCAUCCGAAAAUUCUAUAUGGUUAUAUACGAAGUACUAAAAGGACUCAGGAGCUAAUCCCUGCCCUCAGGUCUGCAGAUGGAAAAGUGGAGAUUGAUGACCAGGUUAAAGCGUCCCUCCUUUCCGACUUCUUUCAGUCCGUCUUCACCCGAGAACCUAGUGCUAUAUUUGCCCAUCCAUCCAUUCGCCAAACAACCUCUCCUCCCAGUACCCUUCCCCAUCCUAUCCCCUCCCUACCCUCCUUAACCGAGGAACCACUCUUUUCAUCUACCAUUGUUAGGGCCGAGCUACUCCGGCUGAAACCUGCCAAAUCGCCGGGCCCAGAUAGAAUUCCCGCCCUAGCACUUCGCGAACUUGCUAAUGAACUGUGUAAACCCUUAUCCGCAAUAUUUCAAAAGUCAUUUGAAGACGGCGAGCUACCGGAAGAAUGGAAGUGCGCACUGAUUACUCCGAUCCAUAAGGGAGGCUCAAGACUUGACUGCGGAAAUUAUCGUCCUGUCAGUCUUACUUGCAUCGCGUGUAAAAUAAUGGAACGCAUUAUCAAAAGACACUUGCUGAAAUACCUGGAACAGAACAAAAUAUUGUGCGGUGCCCAACACGGCUUUCGUCCAGGGCGCUCCUGCUUAACGAGUGUUCUUUACUCACACGAGAAGUGGACACGAGCAACCGAUAAGGGUUUUCCAGUAGAUGUCAUAUUUUUUGACUUCAAGAAGGCCUUUGACAGUGUCCCACACAGGCUUCUUUUGCAAAAGAUCUGGGAUGUAGGGAUUCAAGGGAGAAUGUUUAAGUGGAUCAGGAGUUUUCUGUCCUCCAGACUACAAGAGUCGUCGUUGGAAAUUCCACCUCGAAAUGGGUAAAGGUGGAAAGUGGUGUCCCACAGGGUUCUGGCUUAGGCCCAGUACUCUUCCUGAUUUAUGUUAAUGACUGCAUCAGCAAAGUGAAUUGCUAGGCUCUCAUGUUCGCGGAUGACAUAAAAAUAUGGAGUGAAGUCAAGUGUGAUGAUGACGCAGAGAAGUUGCAGUCGAACAUCAACAAACUGUGUGCUUGGUCGAACAGACGGCUUUUGAAGUUUAACGUGUCCAAAUGCGUAGUUUUGCACCUGAACACCGGCCGCAAUGCCUCUCCCAAACACCAGUACUAUAUUGACGGGACGAGGUUAGAAACUGUGGAAAGACACAGAGAUCUGGGCGUAUGGACAACCAUAAAUCUAUCGCCAUCAGAACACUGCAGAAAGAUGGUACAGAAGGCAACUAGUACUCUACACUGGAUCAGACGUGCAUUUAAAAUAUUUCCUCCUGAACUCUUCGAAAGACUCUUUGGUGUCUUUGUAAGACCUCAUCUAGAGUAUGGAAUGCCAGCAGCUUCACCAUGGAUGAGGAAGGAUAUCAACUUACUGGAACAGGUGCAACGCAGAGCGACAAAGAUGGUUGACGGUCUAAAGCAUUUGUCUUAUCAGGAGAGGCUAAAUUUGCUUGGCCUAUUCCCUCUCUCUUAUAGACAAAUAAACUACAGUCUACUCUGGACGUUCCGGAUUGUUCGCGGUCAGGGUUGCUCAUUAAGGGCAGAGGACUUCUUUGAGUUCGCCCGUACAAACCAACUACGCGGCCAUGCAUUCAAAGUCGGGAAUGAGCGAACACGUUUAGACCGACGAAAUUUUUCUUUCAGCCAGCGAGUUGUCAGGCCGUGGAACUCGCUUCCAAGCGAGAUGGUGACGGCUGACACAGUUUGUGUGUUUAAAAGAAAACUUGCUCGUCUAGUUUUCGACAGAAAUCGGCUUGUACAGCAUGACUAUGCAAAGCCAGUUUUGUAAAAUCUGUCAUAUACAAUCUUCCGCACUAAUUUACAGUGACCCCAUGCACUACAUUAUGAUUACGAUUGACCUGUGACCCAAUCACAUUUUAAAUGCCUGCAAUUUUAUUUUAUUUUUGAGUAUGAAUCUGCGAAAGCACUGUACAUAAAUAGGGUCAUCAAGGGCUCUGCCUGUAACCCUUCAAUAUACAUACAUAAAAUAUCCCAUCUGUAUUGGCUAUAAUAGAGAAAAUAUCUAGCUUUUCUAAGCGUCUCUCAUAAGGUAAGCUACCUAAUCCGCCGACUAGCUUGGUCGCUCUUCGUUGUACGUUCUCCAAAAGAGCGUAAUCUUGCUUCGUCUAGGGACACCAUGACUGAACAAAAUAGUCCAACAUUGGUCGAACGAGUGCUCCAAAUACUCGGUCGAAACGUUCUUCGUCAAAAUUGAGGAAGGAUCUUCUAAUUGCGCCUAGGAUACCCAUAGCAUUUCUUGAUACCUUGGCGCAGUGAUAGAGCUGACGUCAUCCACACACCGAGGUCUCUUAACUCGUUGACAGAUUCGAGUUGGUGACUUCCUAUGGAAUUGUGAAAUUCAAAUCUCAACGGCCUCCUUUUGUCGAUCGUAUUUGUAUAAGUUGGCAUUUGUUACGAUUGAGGCUAAGGCACCACUCAUCACACCACGUUUGCAUGUGAUUCAGUUUGUCUUGUAACAGACCGAAAUUCUGGGCUCGGUAUGUGGAUGACACCUUCGUCGUCAUCGAACGGGAUCACGUGCUGACAUUCAAAGAACAUCUCAACGCCAUCUUACCGGACAUUCAAUUUACGGUGGAGGAGGAGGAGGAGGAGGAGGAAAACAAUAAGUUGGCCUUCCUGGAUCUCCUCGUCUGUCGCAAAGAUUGUGGUGGCCUAAAAACCAAAGUGUUCAGGAAAGCGACAAAUACGACGCAAAUAUUGAACUUCAAUAGCAACCACCCGAUCAGUCACAAACGCAUUUGCGUAAGGGCGCUAUACUGGCGCGUUGAGACGCACUGCAGUGGAAUGGAAGACAAGGUUGCUGAAUUACAAUAUCUUCGACGGGUAAUGAGAGCCAAUGGUUACCCGCGCAACGUUGUCAACCAGUGCAUACGAAAAGGACACCAGAGACCAAAUCCAACCGGCCCCAAAUUUUGGCGGGCUCUUCCGUACGUGAAGAACGUCUCGGAAGCCGUCAAUCGUCUUCUCACUCCACUUGGAGUUGGGGUUGCACACAGGCCGGAAGCAACCAUUAGGCGCCAAGUCACGAGGCCAUAA